CGCAGAGAGACGGUUGGUGAGAAUAUAGUUCGAAGUGAAUUUUAUUAAUUUUAUUCUUGCAGUGAUUUGGAUUUCUGAUUGGAAAUGAGGCAAUUUUAUGUAGUUUGUUUGCUUUGCUUAAGCGCCUUAUUACACAUAAGUUGCGCUGCAAUUAUUGAGGAUUCAAAACAUUUUCAGCAAUUUAAGCUAAUUUAUAAUAAGCACUACGAAUCAGAUGUCGAAGAGCGGAAACGUGAGCGUAUAUUUCUGAAAAAUUUCGCAUUUAUCGCGGAGCAUAAUCAGAACUUUACGAGAGGACUGACUAACUUUGAGCUGGGAAUCAAUGAGUAUGCUGAUUUCAGUGAGGAAGAGUUUGCGAGCACUAUGAAUGGCAGCGAUGAGAUUUUUAAUAUUCCAAGUGUAUUGAAACAAGGCGCCACCUUCAUACCACCAGCCAAUAUCGUGUUGCCCGACGCGGUAGAUUGGCGUGAAUUGGGAGCGGUUACCGAGGUCAAGAAGCAAGGCCGCUGCGGUUCCUGUUGGGCUUUUGCUACCACUGGCGCGCUAGAGGGACAACACUUUCGCAAAACUUCGAAACUUAUAUCGCUCUCGGAGCAGAAUCUGGUAGAUUGUACCAUUACAUAUGGAAAUCAGGGUUGUAAUGGUGGCAAUAAAGAUCGCAGUUUUCUCUAUAUACGUGAUAACGGUGGCAUCAACUCGGCCGAUGUGUAUCCUUAUCGCGCCCAACUGGACGCAGAGUGUUUGUUCAACGCAUCUGCAAUUGCAGCGAAAAGUAAAGGUUUUGUCAAAAUUACAGCCAACAAUGAAGAUGAUCUUAUGGCUGCUGUGGCCACAGUGGGACCAAUUGCUAUCAAAAUCAAUACGAAAUGUUUUCGCCAACAAUUCUAUAGGCAAGGUGUAUUCAACGACGAGCUUUGUGAGGAGCGUAAACCCAAUCAUGCUAUGCUAUUGGUAGGCUAUGGUCGAGAUAAUACUACGAAUACGGACUAUUGGAUAUUGAAGAAUUCGUGGGGUGUCAGUUGGGGUAUGGAUGGUUAUAUAAAUGUGCCGCGACAUGUCAAUUAUGGCGGUAUUGCAAUGGGUCCUAGUUAUCCGUUGGUUUGACUGAAUAUAUUAUCGGCAUAUUACGAAAUUUCUACGCCAUGUGACAUGAACUUUUGUGCAAAUAAAUAUUUUAAAUAACGGAAAA